UUAAGAACGACUCCGUAUUUCGCGGCUUCUUCGAAAGCCAAAACAUUCAAUCAAAAACAAAACACGAUUGUCCUCCAACGCAUCAACACACUCUCAAAUCUCGGAAAUUCUAACCUGAGGCCCUGGGGAAUUUGGCGAAUUUCGUCAUUCCGACGCGGCAACACAAAUUAUCCGGCAACUGUGGAGUUUUUCCACCCCAGGAUUAUUUGGCGAAAAACAAGGAACCUACGGCGAGAGAGACGAAAAUGGAUCCUUCAAGGCUAAACUUCAGAUGUAUCGUCUGUGACAUGGACACCGCUAGCCUUUGUGAAUUACACAAGCACCAAUCGUCAACUCAUACAUCGGAGGAAUUAUCCCUCUCUAUCUUGACACUCCAAAGUUUUCUCUACCACAAGCACUACUUCCAGUCACUGGAUGCAAAACCACCAGUUGACGCCUGUUAUUUCUACCCCUUCUGUACGAAAUUAUUGUCUGAUAAGGCGACAAAUAUUGAGAAUAAUUGCCAGACGUUCACGCCCACCCCCCUGAGGCCAGACGAGGUGGUUGUGAAGAUCGAAAAGAAUGAGGCAGAAUCUACUGGAACGCCUGGAAAAAAUCGCAAGAAAAUUCCCAAGAAGCAGGUGCCACUGAGACUGCCCCUGAUCGCUGCCACUCGUUCCACAAUAAUUACUGCUCCUCUCAACCCUCUGGUCAAACAGAGUUCUUCCAUUGAGGCACAUGGUUCUCACGCAAAAUUUCUCAGCUCUGCAAAUGGUCUGUGUGAGGACCUGAUCAGGCUUAAAGGUCCGAUUCAAUCAAAAAUAAAACGCAAACGAUUGAAUGAGAAAAGACAUGGUACUAAUCGCCCCAAAAGAGACAACAGACAGCCGAUCCGGAAACCGAUGAGAAAGCCGGAGAUCAAUAACGUUGAGAAAAGAAUUCAGGAUCUUCUGCCGAAGAUUUCGGUACCGGAAAACUUAGAAACUGUCAAUAUCUGGGCAUCUAAGAGCGAGGAAAGUAUUUCCCUUGAUACUGGCGAUACUCUGCCGGGAGGUAAUUCGUUCGAGAAUGUCCAACCGAUUAAGCUGCACUCCCCAGUAAUGCCCCAGGACAUUAUGAACUGUGAGAGUGCUCUCAUCUUUGAUGCUGAAACUGGCAGCUUCCAGUGGAAUCCACUGGUUUUUGUCGAGAAGAAAAGUGAGGGAAAUGCCAAUGGAUCUCAGCAGGUGCUUGAGUCCGUUCCAUUCAACAAUUCACCAUAUUUUUCAAAUUGUUGAGUAAUUUCUGGUUGACUAUAGCUUUUCUAGGCCAUUGUUCCGUAUUUAUAAGGGUAUCGGAGUGCUCAGAUUUUUUAUAAAGAGUAUAUAACAUGUUAUCCGUUUUCUUUUCUACUUUUUCUUUUAUUAAAACGUAUUCAGAAUAUGAUAGAGAACGUACAAAGGAACGGGCUGUGAUUUCAUGUAAAAUAUUAGGACUUCAUUUUGAUAAUAAGAAUUUUUGAAGUAUUUUCUCAUUUUUCUCGCGAUGAGAUAAUUGAACUUAAAGAUAAUUUCAUUUUCUACAAACUAUGGCUGUUGAUUCUUCAAUUGAUGGAUAUCAAUUCAAUUUUCAAUACAGGAAGAUAAAAACCUCUCUAAGUGAUGGAAAUUUAGGGGGAUAAUUAUCAUUUAAAUGGCUACACUUUCGUAUGUCCAUAAAAUUCAAAGGAAUAUAAUUCCAUAAACAUAUUACAUUUAAAUUCAUGAUGCCAUAGAUUAGAGUAAGGAAUUGGUUAUUUUCGUAAUAAAUAAACAUUUUUCCAAUA